CAUUUAGCCUCAGAGCGUCCUUAGGUCACAGAUCGACCUCUGAGAUCCCUGCUUUGAUCAUCUCGGACCACCAUGGUCUCCUACCUUCUCUUACCGGCUGUCAUCCUCUGUGUUGUCGUCUCACAACCAGCCAACAUCACAGGUUUACUCAUCAGAACCCCAAAAAAGACAUUUGACAGAAAAGGUACAGAAAAACCAAAAAAUGAGACAACGAGUUUCUACAAAGACGAGUUUAAAGCAAUUGAAAAUGACCUGGAAAAGAACAACACAUUUUUAGUUAUCUCAGAGGAUAAUGAAAACUUCCAGGACCAGAAGAAUGAAUUUCUACACCAACACUGCCACCAGGAUCUUCUGAUAAAUCUCAGUCAUGUGCACUGUGGUGAACCUUUUCAUGCAGAAAUGCAUAAUAUCCACGCAGAUGAAUGGUGUGUCCUUAAAAGCAUCAUCAGACCCUACAAUGAUUUGACGCAAUGUUUGGAGUUAGUGACCGAGUAUACCGGCUGCUAUUUUCCAAAUCCUGACAUUCAAGACUUCUUCCUCUACAUCCACUCCACCUACUUCCAGAACUGCAUGGAGAAAGCGGAAGAUCAGUUUCAAGAUGCCCCUACCAGCCUGGUGGUGGCACUCACCAUCAUCCCAGUCAGCCUCAUCCCUGUCAUGGUUUGUCUGGUGCUCUGGAAAAGUUAAGAGCAGACUGGCCCAUUUUCCAAAAGAUCAGCCUCAGCUUGGAAUAUUUUAGCUGCCAAAGCAUUAAAGAGAAGAUUAUUUGCUUUAUUUUAUAUAUGGAUUAAUAUUCACAAAAUACUCACAAAAGUGAGUGUAAAAUUGUAUAGAUGUGGGAAGUUAUUACAUGUGAAGAGCAAAGCUUACUUAAUGUCAAAAGUCAUGUUUUAGAUAAAACCAGGAGAGUUUAUGAUUAACACAUAGAAAUUUAGCUUUUAAAUGAUAGUCCCGAUAAAGUUCCUGAACCACACUCAAGGCAAUUGAAUUAAAACAAUAAAAAACACUCAUUUAUGUAAACAUACAAGUAAUAUCUGAAAACAGUUGAAUGAUUUAAAAAUUAUAUGUUUUUUGAUGUUAUUUUCAAAAUUAAAACCUGAAAUUACCACGUUUGUCAAACUUGCCUUUGAUAAUACUGACAUUUUCUCUGCCCACCUCUAGAGAGAGCACAUGUGCCAAAAAGACUGAAUGCUGCUAAGUUUUAGAGCGACUAUUAAAGGUUCAUACGAACAUUGCGGCCUAUCUCAAUUUCUGUUAACAUAAUUAAUAAAAUUAUAUUGAAUUAGAAUUACUCCUUACCCACUUUAUGACAAAUUAUUAUUAUUGUGGAAAGAAUAUCUGAAAAAGGCAUCAUUCAGUGGCAGACAUUUAUAAAAGGUUCCCAUGUAUAUACAUUGUAAAUAUUAUAAAUUAUACCGGCUCUGACAAUUUCCGGCUAUUCAAAAUAAAAUUACGUUUUAAUUUUAUUUUAUAAUAAAAUUUUGUGUGUGUUGUUUA